AUGGCAAACCCCAAACCAGGGACUCUCGAUUCCUUUCAUCUCUUAUCUGAAGCUGCAUUUGGCUGCGAACAUCUUGCCACCACUUUGAAAGAUGGAUCGGCUGCUGGUCAGUUCAAGAAUGGCUACCGCAAGCACUAUGAUUCGCUGGCACCAUACACCAAGCCUGAAGCCGUUGCGGCGCCGGCGACGGGCUUGCGUACAAUAGCAUCCCUGAAGCCGAAGUAUCACUGUUUGAACUGCUCGGAAAUUUGUCUGAACAGCGAACGCAAUGCACACACUAAGAAGACUGGUCAUCUAUUUUGUAAGUCCUGCCUGUUUUUACAAGCCCCCGGGAGAGUCGGCCCCGGCGUUAAUGCCAAGUCUUCAGAUAUGGAGUCGCGCAAUCGCUUCGUUUUUUGUGAGAAAUGUGCGGAUUUCAUUUAUGACCACGGCCUAGAGAGGCUUUGUGGCCCUACUGGCAAGUUUGAGCUUCAAGAGGGCAAAGGCAAAUGGCAUAAUGACUCGGCAUCUGAGCUUUAUGUCAAGACCAAUGCCAAUAAGAACCCCUGCUCCCGCCGUGGUGCUCGCGGCGUGUGGAAUAUGGGGCAGACUUGCUACCAGGCAGUCAUUCUCCAGGCUCUCCUGCAUGACCCUACACUGAACGCCUAUUUCCUCGCUGGAGGCCAUGAUAUUCACACUUGCAGUAGAAACUUUUGCAUGGCCUGCGCUGCCACGGAGGUAUUCAUGGAUUUUAAUAGUGGCGAGAAGACAGAUGCUGUCUCGGCUGCGACCCUACUCUAUCAUGGAUGGGAUGCAUCACGGGAAAUGGCGGGAUACCGCCAGCAGGAUGCCCACGAGUACUUCCAAUUCUUAGUUAACGCCCUUCACUCCUGCACUCCCGGACACUCGGAGAGCUACGAGAAGAAAUGCGAGUGCUUCUUCCACCGUACCUUCUACGGCGAACUCCGCAGCAGUGUCAUGUGCCACAAGUGCGGCAAAACCACCCACACCUACGACCCUAUGGCGGACCUGAGCCUGGACGUCCAGUUGCAGAACAAGAAGCGCAAGUUGGGCAGGUCCAGUGCCACCUCGAGUGCGACUCUGACCAGUUGCCUGGAAAGCUUCACUGCCGUUGAGGAUCUCCUCGCCGACGCCCAAUACCAUUGCGAGAAAUGCGGCAAUACCCCCCAGCGCGCGUCUAAGCGCCUCCAGAUCCGAAAGCUCCCUGCCAUCCUCUGCAUGCAGCUUAAGCGCUAUGAGCACAACUCAAUGUCCUCGGAGAAGAUGGACGGUCACAUUGACUUCCCCAUCACCCUGAAUAUGCUUCCCUACACUGUCAAGAAGGACAAAGAGCGUGUCGAUACUUCCAAGUACAUCUACGACCUGUCCACAGUCAUAGUGCACCAGGGCACGAUGGACACUGGGCACUACUUUGCCUAUACUCGCCUAGGAGAAAAUAAGUGGGUGUUGAUGGACGACAACAAGGUCACCGUCGCCAGCGUGGCCGAUGUUCUGCGGCAGGAUGCCUACCUGCUGUUCUACAGUAUUCGCUCGGUGGAUUGGGAAAAGUGA